CCUUAUACUUCACGCUUCUCGAACUCUUGUGCAUUAGCCUUUAAAGUAUUGCACGCCCAGUACGCAUUCAUUCUUAUAACUGAUCAUCCACUGCAGCCUUGUGGACUAUUUGUUGCAUCCCAAUGGAAUUACAAAAAAGCUACCACAAGAGAAGCGAAUUAUGGUAUUAUCGCAGACAUCAUGUUGAUUACAAAAGUUGGAUGUGGUGCUACUUUCGCAAAUACAAUGUUGCUGCAGAAGGAUGAACAAGAUGGUAUUAUCGCAGACAUCAUGUUGAUUACAAAAGUUGGAUGUGGUGCUACUUUCGCAAAUACAAUGUUGCUGCAGAAGGAUGAACAAGAUGGUAUUAUCGCAGACAUCAUGUUGAUUACAAAAGUUGGAUGUGGUGCUACUUUCGCAAAUACAAUGUUGCUGCAGAAGGAUGAACAAGAUGGUAUUAUCCCAGAAACAAUGCUGUUUGCUGAAGUUGGAUGUAACUCCCCAAGGGCGAUAAUCUGUUAUACUUCGGAAAGAACUGCCGUUGACCGGUAAAGUUUUACAAAACUAAUAUAGCCGUUUACUUAAAUUCUUAAAUUUAAAACUCAUUUUCUGAAAAUGAACGAAAUCUGAAAAAAAAAUAUGCCUACACACACCUAAAACCACAUUUCAUAUUUAAAAAAUGAGAGAUUUAUAAUUUUUUACUAUUGUAUGAUAUUUUUAUUUUUUUGAAUAAAUUAAUAUUCUUCAAAA